AUGUGCGAAAGAAGCGGGAAAUAUAGAAAUCCACUUCAGAAUUUUAAAAGUGACGACACCGGUUCAAGAAAAUGUGAGUGUCCCUUUAAGGUCCGUGGUUACAUGUUGGCAAACAAAAAUUGGAGAUUUAAUGUCAUGUGUGGUUUGCAUAACCAUGAUUUGUGUAAAAAGUUAGCCGAUCAUUCAAUUGCGUGUCGGCUCAUGCCGGAAGAGAAGGAAUGCGUUGUUGACAUGACAUUGAAUUUGGUUCAACCGAAAAAUAUACUUGCAACAGUGAAAUGGAAAAGACCCGAAAAUAUAUCAAAUAUCAAGCAAGUGUAUAAUAUUCGGUACCAAACUAACAAGGCACUUAGGGGGGAUAAAACUGAAAUGCAACAACUCUUGAAAUUCUUGGAUGAUAAAAGUUACAUGUCUAGGUACCGAACGUGCAAGGAUGGCGUUCAUGUUAGAGAUAUAUUUCGGACUCAUCCUAAUUCUAUAAAGUUGUUCAGGAUGUUUCCUACGGUGCUCAUACUUGAUUCAAUGUACAAGACCAACAAGUAUAAACUUCCAUUGUUGGAGAUGGUUGGUGUUACCUCAACAUUGAAGAAUUGGUUGGGAAAUAGUAAAGGCGAUUUUUGUAGAGAUUGA